AUGUGGUCUUUUUUUUCCCGCGAUUCUUCCAAAGAUUUUGGUUUUGAAAUAGGUGAAGUUGUUCCCGGUUUUGAGCAAAGAAGUGUGUGGACUUUACAUAAGGGUAAGAAAAAAGGGACCAAUGAAGAAGUGUCUGUGUUUGUUUUCGAUAUUAAAAGUGGCUCAGAAACACAGUUGGAUGUAGCAAAAUCGGCAGUUAAACGUUUAAAAACACUUAGACACCCUAGUGUCUUAACUUAUUUAGAUAGCUUGGAAUCGGAUAAGGUACUUUACUUAGCUACAGAAUAUGUUGAACCACUGGCUUUUCAUUUAGAGAAAUUAAAAAUUAAUGAUGCACAGAAAGACUUGUACACUGCAUGGGGAAUUUUCCAAAUAACUAGAGCAUUAUCUUUUUUAAAUAAUGAUGGUAACCUACGGCAUAACAACGUUAAUAUUUGGUCAAUUUUUGUGAAUACAGCUGGAGAAUGGAAGUUAGGUGGAGUAGAAUAUGUAGGCAACACACAAGAUAACUUUGGUUCAAUAAAAAUAAUUCCUUCUUUAGAAAUAUAUGAUCCUCCAGAAAAAAGUGAUCCCAAUAAACAGCGUCAAAUUACGAAAUGUUCUUCUGAUAUGUGGGGCCUAGGAUGUUUAAUUUGGGAAGUUUUUAAUGGACCUUUGCAGCAACAGUCAUCAUUAAAGAACCUGGAAAGAAUACCAAAACAACUUAGUCCUUUAUAUUGUGAAUUAGUUGGUGCUAAUCCUGCCUCUAGACCUAACCCCGCUGACAUUAUAACCCGUUGUCGAAAAUUAGGAGGGUAUUUUAAAAAUGACCUGGUAGACACCCUGCUCUUUUUAGAAGAAAUUCAAAUUAAGGAUAAAAAUGAAAAAAAUAGAUUUUUUUCUAAUCUUACACCACACUUGGAUAACUUUCCUGAUAAUAUUUGCAAACACAAGAUAUUACCUCAAUUGAUAACUGCUUUUGAAUAUGGAGAUGCAGGAUCUGCUGUCUUAGCACCCAUGUUUAAGCUUGGAAGAUUAUUAGAUGAAAUAGAUUACCAGAAGAAAAUUGUACCUUGUGUGGUGAAAUUGUUCGCUAGUAAUGACAGGGCAACGAGGUCUCGACUACUUAUGCAGUUGGAGCACUUUAUAGGUCAUUUGCAAUCGGUUACCGUGAACGAUCAGAUAUUUCCCCAGGUGGCCAACGGUUUUAUGGACACAAAUCCAACUAUUCGAGAACAGACUGUUAAAUCUGUGAUACAUUUAGCACCUAAGUUAAAUUAUAACAACCUGAACGUUGAAGUUUUACGACACUUUGCGAGACUCCAGGCUAAAGACGACCAAGGAGGGAUAAGAACAAACACGACCGUGUGCUUAGGAAAAAUUGCACAACAUCUUCAUCCACAGAUAAGACAAAAAGUACUCAUUUCUGCUUUUGUUAGGGCCAUGAGAGACCCUUUUCCACCAGCUAGAAACGCAGGAGUUCUUGCACUUGCUGCAACUCAACAGUAUUACCUACUUUCUGAAGUUUCAACAAGAAUUCUUCCUGCUCUCUGUCAACUGACGAUGGAUCCGGAAAAGUCGGUGAGGGAUUCGGUAUUUCGAACGAUUAAAGGAUUUCUUGGUAAAUUAGAAAAGGUAUCCGAAGAUCCAAGUCUACGCGAAAGUAUGGAAGCAGACGUGAAUACAGCAACGCCCAGUUUAAGUAAUGCAGCGGCUACGUGGGCAGGUUGGGCAGUAACCGCGGUAACUGCUAAAUUUUAUAGAAGUCAGUCAGAUACUGCUAAAUCCAUGACUCCAAUGGCCAGCAAAAUCCUCAGUAAACCGGCUUCUUUAGAACAACCAUCCAGUAGCAGCUUAUCUACUACAACCUCAAGCGUCACGUCAAUGACGUCCCUCGAACAUGAAGAAGGCAGCAGGGGGAACGAGUCAGUUUCUGAUUAUGAUUACGACAACUGGGGAGAAGAAAAUUGGGGCGAUAUGGAGACGGGAGGUCAAAUGCAAAGCAGUAGCGGAAGUGGCGGAGGGGGUGGUACCAGUGAUCCUACAAGCCCUCCUUCCGGGUCAGCGCCUGCUAGAACUACUGACGGCUGGGACAAUGAAGAGUGGGGAAGUCUCGAAGAAGAGCCAGAAUCGGAGACAGGCGUGACAUCUCCUUCGGAAACGUGGAAUACUAGUGAAUUUAAUCCGGUGCCCGAAACUCAUCAAGAUCAUAGUCAGUCGGUAGUGAAUCGGAAGUUGACGAAUUCAGGCUGGAACGAUACAGAUUUUGAGCCAAUGGACGAUGUCAGUAACCACAAUGGCGCCAAUUCAAAGCUCGAGGAAGCUAAGAAAAAGAGGGAGGAACGUAAAUUAAUGCGUCAAAAGGAGUUGGAAGCCCGUCGAGCCAGUCGAGGUACCACUGGUCCGAUGAAACUCGGCACGAAGAAGAUUUAAACGGACCUAGAGCCUCAAAGACUGGUCUAACUUUUUCUUCCAAGACCGCGUCACCUUUAUGUUGGUAAGUGUUUGCUAUUAUAAUAAUAUUGCGCCGCUCCCGUUUAAUGUCCGAACAGAAAAUGAAAAUUACCUAGUUCUAAAGAUAUUUCUGAGUUUGUUAAUAUUUUAUUCUUCAUUUAACAACUGAACUUUUAAACUUAAUAUGUGCUUUAGUUAUUUUGUUAUUUAAUUUGUCGGACAAUUUGUAUAUUUUUUAUCAACAUAUCUACCAGCAUUUUACUGGGUAAUUUAUCUUUGAGAUUAAAAAACAUUAUGUCAAUGGUGAAGUGAGAAAGGUGAUUUCACAGAUGUGUAUAUUUACUCAAUGUGAGAUUUAAUUAUUUGUCUUUAAUUUUUGGAAAUGUUUAUACUUUUAGAUAUUUAUACUGUUGACGUUUUACCUUCUAUAUUUUAAGGUCACUGACGAUUUUAACUAGAUUAUUAUUAACUAUAAUUUAAUUGCAACAUUUAUACUUGUAAUUUUUAGUUAUGAAAUCUGUACCAAAAUGAAUUUUAUUAUUAAAAGAGCCUUAUGAAUUUAA